AUGGAUUCAGAGACCAGGAGCUUGUUGUUGGAGUGGAUGCCUCACGCAGGCCUUUGGGAUGCUCUUUCUAGCAAAUUCCCUGCUCUUACUCCAGUAGAGACUGUAUUAGCAGUGGAUGCUGCUGCUGCGGAGUUUGGGCAUCUCACUCUAGUUGAACAGUUCGACAGUUCUAUACGAGAAAUCAGAGCUGCUGAGAUAGAGAACAUUGGGUGGCUGAGUCCACUAGAGUUGGCAGUGUUUAGUCGUGAUGGUUUGAGUUAUUUCUCCACCACAUUUUCCGGUGCUUGUUUUGUCGCAGGUCGAGUCAAUGAGUCCUUCCAGAAUGGUGUCGGCGUUGACUCGCCCUACCGGGGUCGUACCGAUCCUCAAUGA